UGUGGCGGGGAUGUGUCGCGUCGUGCUGGUGUCUCUGAAGCUGUUCCUGCAGGACAGAAGCUGAGCAGCAGCUGGACGUGCACGAAUCAUUAAAAAGAAAAAAGAAAAUGUGCGUGAGCGUGUGAGAGAAGAGCUGAAGGUUCCGAAACAGACUCAAGUUUGAAAGUGGAGCAGUUCCGCUGCAGGACGAGGCCGCCCGGAGCCGGACAUGUUCGGACCUGCUGCUGCCGGGACUCCCGCUGUGUGAGCACCAGGAGCCAGGACCUGAGCUCCGAGUGCAGGAUGAGACCGGGGGGACACGACCAGGACUCGGACAUCAGGGUUGUGCCGUGAUUUUCAGUUUCCACCAUGGAGGAGAAGUUCAGCAGACUCAUCUUCAUCCCCAUCGCCGCGGUGCUCUUCCUCAUGAUCGGCUACCAGUACGUGUGUCCGGCGGACAGCAACACCUGCUACUUCAGGGGCGACGACCAGGGGCUGUUCCAGCGCUACUCGUCCGGCUUCGAGUUAGUUUACACGGAGCUGGAGGCGGACGAGGACCUCCCCUCCAAGAUCACGUCCAAAUUCAACUUCACGGAGCGGGACCUGGACCGGCACGUCGACUUCAACAUCCGCGGGGAGGACGUCAUGGUGUUCCUGCACAUCCAGAAGACCGGCGGCACCACGUUCGGCCGCCACCUGGUCAAGAACAUCCAGCUGGAGCAGCCCUGCGACUGCAUGCCCGGCCAGAGGAAGUGCACCUGCCACCGGCCCGGGAAAGCCGAGUCGUGGCUCUUCUCCCGGUUCUCCACCGGCUGGAGCUGCGGGCUGCACGCGGACUGGACCGAGCUGACGAGCUGCGUGCCGGUGGUGAUGAACAAGCGGGACAAGAAGAGCGCGCCAAAGAGCAGAAGGAAUUUCUACUACAUCACUAUGCUACGCGACCCGGUGUCACGCUACCUCAGUGAGUGGAAGCACGUGCAGCGCGGGGCCACCUGGAAAACCGCCCUCCACAUGUGCGACGGCCGCCCGCCCACUCAGGACGAGCUCCCCGCCUGCUACAGCGGCGAGGACUGGACGGGCGUGCCCCUGGCAGACUUCAUGAACUGCCCCUCCAACCUGGCCAACAACCGGCAGGUGCGCAUGCUGGCCGACCUGAGCCUGGUGGGCUGCUACAACAUGUCCUCCAUGAGCGAGCUGGAGCGAGGCCGCGUGCUGCUCGCCAGCGCCAAGACCAACCUGCGCAACAUGGCCUUCUACGGCCUCACGGAGUUCCAGCGCAAGACGCAGUACCUGUUCGAGCGGACGUUCGGCCUGCGCUUCAUCCGGGCCUUCACGCAGAUCAACAGCACUCGCGCCGCCAGCGUGGGAAUCAGCGAGAAGGUGCGGUGGCGCAUCGAGGGGCUCAACGCCCUCGACGUGGAGCUUUACGAGUACGCCAAGGAGCUGUUCCUGCGGCGCUACCAGUACAACCGGCAGAGGCAGCACCAGGAGGAGCGUCUGAGGAGGCGUCAGGAGAGGCAGCACAGGCAGCGCAUGCACAGGACCUAUCUGGCCGAGCUGUGGAGACUGGGAGGAGGAGGAGGAGGAGGAGGAGGGGAGGAGGAAGACGAGGAGAAGGAGGUGAAGGUGGUGGAGGAGGUGGCCACCACAGAGGACUACAGCAGCCAGGUGGUGCGGUGGUGAGGAACGAACACCACAGCUCUGACUGCUCGCUGUCCAAUCAUUGUGCUUUACUCUCCUCCCUCCGUCUCCCUCUGUCUCGCCUCUGCUGUGGAUCUGCCAAAACCCUCCCGGCCUCAUCGCGCUUCGUCGGACUGCCGAAUGAUGUCUUAAUAUUUAUGAUGGAUGUAUUUGUCAUGGCAACAUAAACAUUUUGUAUUUAUGUUUUUUCUUAUGGCUAUCUUUGGCACUGCAGUUGUGAAAUGUAUUUAUUUAUUCAUUAGCAGGCGCUUUGAAUGUCCUCAAAGCAGCGAAAACGUUUCUUAAAUUCUGCUAAGAAUUAGACGAAGUGAAACUGAAGAGACGAGGCCCGUUUCAGCACAUCCUGGAAACGGUGGCCGACUCCUGGUGAAGGAUCCUCAGUGUCAUGUUUGUGAUCUAGCGCCGUGUUGAUCAGUGAAAUCUUGUAGUUACUCUGUGGUGUUUGGCUUCAUAAGAAUAUCAAAGCACAAACUUGGCAAUAGUCUGCAGUGUGUUUUCUUCUCUUUGACUGAUUAAGCUGCGACAUACAGAAACAGUCAAGGCAAAAAAUCUCGCAGGAAAUGUGUUCAAUAAAAAUAUGCAGCAUCCAGUGAUGUUAA